AUGGCGUGCACAGAUACUGAAACUGGUGGCAUCGCAAAUGAAAAUUCACCCUAUCAUAGGAUGCCUACUUCUGCAAGCAUUCUCGAAGGCCUUAAUUCAAUAACCACUAUAGCGAAUAACAUAAUCACAACCAUAUCGGCUGGCAGAAGUGUGACAUCAGACAGCAAAAAAGCGAUUAUAGAAAUGGCGCAUGACAUUAACAGAAUCAUAAGAGAAACACAAAUAAAAACUGAAUAUACGGCAAGUAUUAUAGAGGUUAAAGAGUCGCUGCAAAAUACUAUUAAGGAAGAGAUUUCCAAACUCUCGAUACGCACUCAAACCAAAUCCUAUGCGAGUGUUGCUUCUACUCCUCGUCCUCCGCUGAGCAACCAGCACCCACACAUGCAUCAAAACCGGCUAUUAUUGUCACUCCUACUAAUAAAGUUAAUUCUCGACAAGAAGUUAUCGAAUCAUGGCGCAAGAGUAUCUGUUUUAAGAGUUGUAAUUAUGCACCCUCCAAAUUGCAAGUCAUAUCAAAUAAUAAACUUCGAGUAG